AUGUAUCUAGGUGAUAGUUUUGGUGAGCUAGAAGUUCAAGCUGCGGCUCAUUGGAAAAAGGGACAAAAGCAGUGGUGGAGUAUGGAUAAUAUUACAGAUGAAAGAAGUAUUGAGAGGAAGCGAAGAGUGAGUGGUGAAAUGGAAGUUGGACACUUUGCCAGGAGUAUCCCAACUAACACCAAGACUUCGAAUUCAGCUCGCCCGGGUGUCAUUCUUCAAAUACGUCGUUGA